CAUAACAGAAUGCAGAGAAAGAACUUCACAGAAGUGACAGAAUUCAUCUUCCUGGGAUUCUCCAGUUUUGGAAAGCACCAGAUCACCCUCUUUGUGGUUUUCCUAACAAUUUACAUUUUAACUCUGACUAGUAACAUCAUUACAGUGACAAUUAUCCGCCUUGGCCAUCAUCUCCACACUCCCAUGUACUUCUACUUGAACAUGCUGGCCAGUUCAGAGACUAUAUACACCCUGGUCAUUGUCCCACGAAUGCUUUCCAGUCUCAUUUUUCAUGAACAGCCCAUCUUGUUGGCAGGCUGUGCAACCCAGAUGUUCUUUUUUGUCAUCUUGGCCACUGACAAUUGCUUCCUGCUCACAGCAAUGGGUUAUGACCACUAUGUGGCCAUCUGCAAGCCCUUUAGGUAUACAGUCAUCAUGAACAAGGGAUUUUUUGGCACUGGUCUGCUCAUGACAGUUCUUCAUGUAACAUCUAUGUUCAAUUUGCUGUUCUGUGGCACAGUGGUAGAACACUUUUUCUGCGACAUUUACCCUGUCAUGAAACUUUCCUGUAUUGAUACUACUCUCAAUGAGAUAAUCAAUUAUGGUGUAAGUUCACUUGUGAUUUUUGUGCCUGUGAUCCUGAACUUCAUCUCUUAUGUCCUCAUUAUCUCCUCCAUCCUCAAGAUUGCCUCAGCUGAGGGCCAGAAGACUUUUACCACCUAUGCCUCCCUCCUCCCUGUGGUCAUUGUCCACUACGGCUGUGCCUCCAUUGCCUGCCUCAAGCCCAAGUCAGAAAACUCUGUUGAAAAAGACCUUCUUCUCUCUGUGACUUACAUCAUCAUCACUCCCCUGCUGAACCCUAUUGCUUACAGUCUGAGGAACAAGGAGGUCAAGGAUGCCCUACGGAGAACUCUGGGCAAAAAUAUUUCUUAA